AAAGUUAAAAUCAGUAGAAGAGGAAUUUAAUACGCACUUGCUAUUAGCAUUUCGAUAAAUGAUAGUAUAGGUCCGGAGGGAUUGCAGGGCGAACUGUAUGCGGUAUUUACCAAGCAUAGCAGAUAACAAUGGUUGAAUUGGGGAGUGGAGACGCAGACGGGUCAACUUCAGAAUUACUGAAGCUGGUGAGCACUGCUCAAGCUCUCAUUUCAGAGCUCCUCAGAUUAACUGAUCGCCUUCCUUCCGAUUUCAACCAUCCCCGCUAUGCUCCUAUUCUCUUUGACCUCAAAUAUCUCAAAUCUCCAGAGGUUUUUGAGGAGGAAAUUGAAACAAAUCCUGAAUUACUCGCUCUUGACGAUGAAUUUCGAGAAAGUUUCUCAAUCAUAUUGGAGAGGUUUUUUCUACUUUUUAACAGCAUCCUUCAAUACUAUCAAGAUCUUGUACAAUACCUUGAUGAUUUACAGGAUGGGGUUUAUGUGCAAAGCACUGUAGAAAGUGUUAUGGAGGAUGGGGAUGGACGCCAAUUAUUAGUUGAAGCUUUAGUUCUUCAUGGAGUUAUGCUACUCUUAUUGGAGCACCGUUUGAAUGGUAGUUUGAGGGAACAAUUGCUUGUGGCACAUCUUCGUAACAAGCGUUCUGCUGAAAUUUUGAAUCUUGAUAAUCUAUGUAUGCUAUGCCAAACAUAUUCUCCUGUGUCUGCCUCACAUUUAUCAUCAGUAGCUACAUUUGUUUCAUUUCGUCAACCUUCACCAUCACCCGUUACAUCUACCAUGAUUUUAGUUCAAAGACCAGAAGACUUGUUUGCAAGGUUCCCUAUACCAAAACCAAUUGUUGAUGUAGUUAUUACCCGCUUGCGUGGUGAUGAUUUGUACAACCAAAUUCGCCACUAUCCAAUCCCUGAACAUCGGAGCUCAGCAUUGGCUUCCCAAGCUGGUUGUGUGUAUGUACUACUACAUUAUUCUCCAGAACUUUUUGCCAGUGGAUAUGUAAUGAGGGAAAUAAUUGACAGAUUUUUUCAAGAUAACUGGAUCAUUCCAAUUUUUAUGGCUUUUACUGUGGAUCUAUCAUUCGCAUGGGAAAGAUACAAAUCUGCAAAGUCUGUAUUGUCUUCUACUCUUGCUCCAGCAUCAGUUCGUGAUCUUUGUGAUAAACACUACUCCAAGGUUAAGGAUCUUUUAAUCGACUUGAGAGGUCUUAUGUCAGAUGGUGUUUUAACCCCAGAAUAUGUUAUGAGUAACACUCAAAAUCUUCUGUCUUCUCUCAGAAACUGUAAUGUCACUCUUCGUUGGCUCCUAUUACAUCGAUGUACUGUCAACAAAAAGAUUCGAGACUUAAUCAUUACUGUGGGAAAUAGUCAUAAUGUGAAUGAAGAUGUAUUGCUGUCAUUGCUCCUAGAAAUUGCAAAGCUAGAAUUUGAGUUAAAACGGGUUUAUAGUAAGCUUUUGGAAGACAAGGAAGAUCGCUGGCAGAAAUGCAGGUCUCAAGCUGCAGAGCGCAUGCAAGAACUUUCUGAUUUCUUCUCUGGAUCUAAAGUAUUGUCCAAGAAGAUAAAGGAUGAAAACUUGCAGCAGUGGUUUGGACAAAUGUCCAUACAGGUAGGCUCUCUAGACUACAUGAUGGAUAGAAAUGCAGGUCGAAAAGUUCAACGCAUGAUUUCAGCAUUGAAAGAGGUGGAGCAAUUUCAUCAGAUUGAAGGAAGCCUGGUGACAAAGCAAUACUUGUUUGAGACACGCAUGAGUUUACAAGAAAUGCUUCGAGCAUUCAGUGUGCAAGAGAAUACUUUGGCAACAAUAUCUGUGGUCAGUGAUGCAGCAUAUGCAUGGGGUAUAAUGGGAAUGUUUACAGAGAGGAUACAUAAAAGCAUUGAAGAAGAUCCUUUUACAUUACAAAAGUUGCAGUGUUUGUUUGUAAAACUUCGAUCCUUGUUAGACAUACCACUGCUACGAAUUUCUCAGAGUGACAGUGCAGAUUUGUUUUCUGUCUCUGAAUAUUACUCAUCGGAGCUUGUAGCUUAUGUGCGUACGAUACUGGACAUAAUACCUAUAAAUAUUUUCAAAAUCCUUAAGGAUCUUGUAGCAAAGCAAGCUCAAAAAUUGCAUGAAUUUCCUAGUCGCAUUGAAAAGACCAAUCUUCGUGACUUUGUGCAGCUGGAUGAGCGAUAUGGUUUAGCAAAGGCUACUCACCGAUUAGCCGUUUUCUCCCAGGGAAUAUUGGCAAUGUCAAAAACUUUCAUUGGGGUUAUAGAGUUGGAUCCUAAGCAACUAUUGGAGGAUGGGAUCCGGAAAGAGCUUGCAAGAGAAAUCGAUAACACACUAAAUUCCACUCUUGUAUUUAAUUCUACUCAUGCAGAAGAAUUUGAGCAGACGUUGCAGGAUUUAUCAAUUUCAAUAAAGUCGCAAUGUCAAUUAAUGGAGUAUUUUCAGGAUUAUGUUCAUGCUCAUGGACAUCAAUUAUGGCAAGAAGAAUUCUCUCGAGUAGUGACAAAUAACACAGAGCAGGAAUGCAAUGCCUAUCUCAAGAGAACACUGGAACCACAGAGUGCAUACCUCGAUAUCAAGUAUCUUUCAACAGUAUCAACAUUCAUGGGGAGAUUAGUGCAGCAAAUUGUCCGUUUAACUGAUCCUUCCCGGUCUAUGUAUCUUGCUCCUAUGAGUGGUUGGUUUGAUGCGGUGGGCCAAGAAUUGGUUGGUUUACGAUCAUUCACAAUCCUUCAGUCCUGCUUGGGGCCUACAGGGAUGAUUGGAAUUGAUCGCCUUUUAAGUUUUGUGAUCACUAGAAGUCUUCAGCAUGCACUAACGGUUCUACACAUCCAGCUGAACAAAAGCUACAUGGAGCAACUUGAAAAUCUAUGUACUGUGUUAGCUCCUCCAACUUCAAUUCCUUGCCUGGGUGUAACUGUAUAUAAGCAGGUUGAAAUAGUGAAUUCAGCAUGGGAACCUUGGGUUGAAUGUUUGGCACAUAUUGGGCAACUACAAUUGUUGCGGUGCUUUAUUGCUUCACAGUUACGUUCAGCUUCUAAGGUACAUGCGAGCACUGUUGCAACUGCUGUAGAAGGGUUAAAUAAUGCAGUUGUCUGUGAAAUUAAAGGGCUUGACAAGAAUGGAAGUUCCGGGCUAGCAUUGGAUGAGAAUUCAGAGGAGAUUAGAAGAUGGCUUGGUGAAUUGAGAAAACGUGUUCAAUUAUGUGGCCUAUAUGCAUCCCUUCAGGAUAUAUAUAUUACUGCUGAUUCACCAGAUUAUGUAGCUCUUUUCCUUUUCCUUGUCACAAUCUCACAGUUGUCGCGAUAUGUAUUGGAUACACAUUUGGGUACACUGGCUAGCCGGAUGAAGAAAAGUGUGCUGGAUUUCUCUCCUCUAGUUAUAGGCUUUGGUACAUUUCUAAAGCAGUUUCAUCCUUCACAAACAACUCUUUACGUACAGUAUAUGAGCCAGUACGUGCGAACAAAAAUUGAGAGCACGACAGCCUCAUCCAGUUUCACUCUUCUUGUGAAAAAUGGAACAGAUGUAACAUCAGAGGUUUCUAAAGCUGUUUUCUGGCUGCUCUAUUUUUGCAAAUACAUGAAAAUUUCUCAUGAUUUUCUUGAUUCAUGCUUACCGCCACUUAUGUUCGGCAAUCCUAUAUAGAAAGCAGUUUUGGCAUUAGGUUUUAUUAGACUUGUAUAGGCAUGGUUAUGAACAAGCAUAUGAAAGUAAUCAAAAUAUUCCAAUCUAUUUAUUUUCAGUCAA